AGGUUACACAAGAUGGCGGCGCCCAGGAGCGGCUGAGGCGUGAAGCCGAGGAUGGCGCUGGCGGCGCUGGCAGCCGGGGCUCGGCUGGGGCGCCGGCUGAGGGGACCCGGGCUCGGGCUCGGGCGCGGGCCCUGGAGGGCGGCCGGACGGUCGCGGAGUCGGCGCGAGGCGGCCGAGGCCGAGGCGGACGCGCCCGUGUUGCAGUACGCCGGCGAGCGUGCGGCGCGCGCCCACCGCAUCUUCGUGUGGGGCUUCAGCUACUCGGGAGCGCUGGGCGUGCCCAGCUUCGUGCUGCCCAGCGCCGGGCCCGAGCCCCGCGCCGGCUCCCGGCCGCGCCGCAGGAUCCAGCCCGUGCCCUACCGUCUGGAGCUGGACCAAAAGAUUUCGUCUGCUGCCUGCGGCUACGGAUUCACCUUGCUGUCCUCCACAACCAAGGACGUCACCAAAGUCUGGGGGAUGGGACUCAACAAGGACUCUCAGCUGGGAUUUCAGAGGAGCCGCAGAGAUCAAACCAGGGGCUACGAGUACGUUCUGGAGCCCUCGCCCGUCCCACUGCCCCUGGACAGACCUCAGGAGACCCGGGUGCUGCAGGUGUCGUGUGGCAGAGCUCACUCGCUGGUGCUGACGGACAGGGAAGGAGUCUUCAGCUUGGGAAACAACUCCUACGGGCAGUGCGGAAGAAAGGUGGUGGAAGACGAAGUUUACAGUGAAAGUCACAAAGUGCAUCGGCUGCAGGACUUCGAUGGGCAGGUGGUCCAGGUCGCCUGUGGCCAGGAUCAUAGUCUGUUUGUGACAGAUCGAGGAGAAGUGUAUUCCUGUGGAUGGGGCGCCGACGGGCAAACAGGUCUCGGCCACUAUAACAUCACCAGCACCCCCACCAAGCUGGGAGGAGACCUCGCCGGAGUGCACGUCGUCCAAGUCGCCACCUACGGCGACUGCUGCCUGGCCGUGUCCGCCGACGGGGGUGUCUUUGGCUGGGGGAACUCCGAGUACCGGCAGCUGGCCUCUGUCACUGACUCCACACAGGUCAAUGUCCCCCGGCGCCUGCCCUUCUCGGGAGUGGGGAAGGUGGAACAGGCCGCGUGUGGCGGCACGGGCUGUGCUGUGGUGAACGGAGAAGGACGUGUGUUUGUCUGGGGCUAUGGAAUUCUUGGGAAAGGACCCAACCUGGUGGAAACCGCUCUUCCAGAAAUGAUCCCUCCCACCCUCUUCGGCCUGACGGAGUUCAGCCCUGAAGUCCGGAUCUCCCAGGUCCGCUGUGGACUCAGCCACUUUGCUGCUCUCACCAACAAGGGGGAACUGUUUGUGUGGGGCAAGAACGUCCGAGGGUGCCUGGGCAUCGGCCGCCUGGAGGACCAGUAUUUCCCGUGGAGGGUGACGAUGCCUGGGGAGCCCGUGGCCGUGGCCUGCGGUGUGGAUCACACGGUGACUCUGGCCAAGUCGUUCGUCUGAGUCUCCUGCCUGGUCCUGAGCUCCGGGUCAGCAGCCGCGGGUCUUCCAUGCCAGCCACGGAGGAUCGGGGCAGCCGUGCCCCAGCAAGGGUGAGGAGACUCCGCACGGCUCUGCUCUCUGGGGGACCUGGGACGGCUUCCGGCGUCACGUGCAGCCCGAGACAGUGGUCUUAGGGAGGCCAGAGGUGACCUGACAGGUGGUGCUCGGGGCCUUCCGCUCCCUGCGGCUGCCUCGGGCCAGGCUGGCUCGGGGCUGCGGCUUUCCUCCUACUCAGCCGCCCCUGCUCGGCGGCCACACCGCAGGCUUGCUGCUGGGACACUGGCUUGGACGGGGGUUCCGUGUGGGGCCGGUAGUGCGCGCCAGCCCCGAGCGGCCGCUCCCACCGUCUGACUUGGCAGCGUGGAGAAGCCCCCACAGGGAACGAGUGGGCCCAGUGUCGUGGGCGGAGCCCUGGGCACACCUGCAGAGGCUGGCUGGAGCGCCGGCCUGGGAGGCAGAAGACCCAGAAAUCGCAGUGUCUGAUGUAGGCCCAGCUCGUCUCUUUCCUUUGCAAACAGCCUUUAAACAUGUCUUUUGGAAUAAAGUAUUUUCUGCCUUUCUUGUUUUUAAGAA